AUGGCGUCAGUUUUCACAUACGAGCCAGAGACUCCAAGGGUAGCGUCUCCCUGGCUGAGCGGCGUACAGACUGAUGUUGACGAAUCCGAUCUGUCUCGCGCAUCUAAUGAUGUGGACUCUUGUGAGAUGGCUUCACCAGGCAUCGAUAAGGGCGGUACAACACCCCCGAAGGUAACUCGCUUGCAAGCCGAACCACAACUCGGGCCGGUUGAGUAUAAGCUUCAUCUUCUGCUUCGCCCACGUCGAAAGUUCAGGUCUACCAGCACAGGUGAUCAUAUUUCUGGCUCAAGACAUGCCCGUUACGCUGUAUCUCAGGCCACUCGAAGCGUCUCCGAAUCGGCUCUCGAGGCUGGCGUUCCUAGCAGUUCGGGUACUGUCUCCACCGCCGUCACUCAACAGAGCAGGCAGCACAGGUUGGAGCAGCUCACAACGCAGCUUUUGUGGAGGCUACAGCAGUCGUCGCCCCAUCAUGCAUCAUCCGCUACAAACAUGAUAAUACCGUCUCUGCCGGAGGCUCUACCCGAGCUGCAAGCACCACGACAGCCUGACAAGCUAUUGCACGGCUUGGAAGAAAGCCAAGGUGCGCUGUAUGAGAUUGGCGUUGCAGAUGAUGGCACACUUGUCGGACUUGCAGAGGACGAGCUGCUCGAAAGUUUAAACAAUUUACGCGCAAUGGCUGCUUGCCUUGGCUGCUCUGUUGAGCUCCUUCGCAAAGAAAUUGUCGGCGACUGUGAAUGGGUCGAAGAUGUGACAGUCGGUGGCAAAGAGCGCAGAGUACGGCGCUCCGGGAAGCUUGUUGUUGCAGAAGCCUUGAUCAAACCGCACUUACAAGCCAAGAGUCCUGCUCUGCCGGCGCAAGAAGCACCAGCUAACGGCAAACACAAGCUCGAAGCGCUUCAAUACAAUGAGAGUCUCGUUCCGGAGACCGAACAGCUUCGCAUUACGCUGACUGGCCCGACAAUGUCUGGCAAAUCUUCGUUGCUAGGUACUUUGACUACUUCCACUCUGGACAACGGCCGCGGUAAAAGUAGGCUGAGCAUGCUGAAGCACAGGCACGAGAUCACGACCGGAGUCACCAGCUCAGUCACUCAGGAAAUUCUUGGGUAUCGGGAUGCUGCUGCCGGCGCUGUUGAUGUGAUCAAUUACGCCGCGGAGAAUAUUGCCUCAUGGAUCGACAUCCAUGUCGAAGCAUGUAGCAGUAGACUUGUUUUCAUUUCUGACUCUGCCGGUCAUCCACGGUACCGGAGGACGACCAUCCGUAGCCUUGACACCAUGGGCAGGAGAGGAAGUACAAACGCAUCUCAGCAGAAACUCGGCGCUGCAGUGUCCGACAUGGAUCUCUCUGGCGCCCAACUUGCUCUGUGCUUAACCCUGAACGUACCUCUUGUCGUGGUAAUCACCAAGCUGGAUCUAGCUUCCCGCUCAGGUUUAAGAGACACCUUGUCAAGAGUGCUGGAUGCACUUAAAGCAGCUGGGAGAAAGCCUGCGAUGCUUGCGAACGAACAGGAUCCCGUGUCAGAAAGUGAUCUUCAAACCGUGGCAGCUGGUCACAUAGAGAGCGCGUACAAUAUCUCGUUGCCGCUUCUGAAUGAUCCGCUCCAUGUUGUGCCAAUUGUCUUGACCAGCGCUUUACGAGGGACCGGCGUACGCAACCUCCACGCUCUGCUUCACGAACUGCCGUUGCCGGCAACAUUCGACACAACCGGGGAAGAAACUAGCGCAGUGUUUCACAUUGAAGACGUCUACACCAAGCCUUCGGAGCUUGAAGGCAUAAUCGUCUCCGGGCGUGUCCGGAGCGGUCAGAUUGCCGUCGGAGAUAGCUUGGUCAUAGGUCCACUCUCCGGCCACGAGCAGCUGGAGGAUUCUGAAGACUCCGAUGAACGACCCUCUCGUAGACGGUCAGCUCAUCUACCUACAUCACGAUCUUUUCCGGGCGCGAUGCGCGAUCCGCACUUUGCGCCGCACUUCUUCCAACUCCCGGGACAAGAAUGGCGCAGAGUCAAGACGGCUAGCAUACGAAACCUUCGACUGCCCGUGCAUUCCCUUUUAAGCGAUCAAGUCGGAACGAUUGCCAUCGUGCUUGAUGAUGCCAACUGCCGAGGAUCCUCCAGCGCAGCACUUGCACGAGUCCGCAAAGGCAUGGUCCUCACUAAAGUGCAACCGCUAGCUAUUCGAACUUUCGUCGCAGAGUUCAAGCGUGAAGACCUUGAAGCGCUGGCCGUAGGAAACCACGUAGUCGUCUACAUCGCCAGCGUACGUGCCUCUGCGAAGGUGGUGUCAGCCAGGGCACCGGACUCGCCGGACGUGUCUCGUUCUGCUUUUGACCGCGAACAAUCCAACGCGAAGGACACAUUCAGCUUCGACGAUGUGGCAAAAUCAUUAGACAGGCUUACUACGUCCACUGCCGGUGCUGUCACGGCACCGCAUUUGCUGGUAACCUUCAGCUUCGACGCCGCCAAAGAGUUCAUCAUGGUCGGGGAUCAUGUUCUCGUCAUGCCAGGCGGUGGACCUGGCCUGUACGGCGGGCACGAGAGGGGUGAGAAAGGUGUCGCAGGGCUAGAAGGCUUCGUUGGUAAAGUCACAGAAGCAUGUGGCUAAAUCACUACUGUCUUGAUCAGUAACUAGCAGGCCUUUAUGCUGGCAGCAGUAGCCGUGUCUGUAGCAGCGAGCUCUACAUGGAGGAGGCCGUCGCGUGUAGAAACCCUCUCGGGCAGAUGCGAAAGACCUUACGAUGAGCCGCAAUGCUGCCAGCUAUUCCGCUCAGCACAACUUCACGAUCAGACUGCCGCAAGCGGCGAGCCAGAGUCGUCGGGCAGGCCAAGUGUCCCUUACACCGUAGCAGCGAGUGCGCAGGCUUUUCGAGGACCGGGAACGGCAGUGAUCUCCCGCGUGUAAUACUGAGCAGAUCUCAUUGUUCUUGAGGAGGUGCUCCACCUGACCACGCGAGUGCUUUAACAGAAUGUGAUGUGUGUAA